AUGCAAGCACUCCUCCCGCACGCCCACGCGUGGCUUCUGCUCUGGGCAGCCGCGAUCGCCAAAGGGUCGUUGACGGUAUCAACGAUCGCGUGCAACCUCUCGCUCCUGCCCGAGUGGGUGCCGCUUCUCAGCGCGCACGCCGAGCUCCUCGACGCACUCGGACAGAGUGUCCAUACAGCGAGGGACCUGGGCGCGGCCAAAAGUUUGGCCAACUUGUGUACGUGGGCCAGAGAGAGUCAGGCCGACGCCCCUGCGCUGCAAGCUGUGCUUCGAGACCGAGCCGAGACGUGGGCGGCCUUGGCGGCCUCGACCAGCGACAGCGAAAUGCAAGCCAUUGCGAUACAAAUCCAGCACACGCGGCAGGUCGACGCAUAG